UUCCUCCCAAGAGCUAGCUGAAGAGCCCCCCUCCCCUUCCCGUUCGUCCCCCGACCGACCACCCAGCAGCAGCGCAGAGAGGAGAGCAAGACAAGGCAGCAGCAGCACACAGCAUCCGACCAUUCCAUCGGAGAGGAGAGCCGCCAACGCAGCAAGCAGAGCUGCCGUCGCCGCCUCCGCUCCACCUCCCCCCGAUCCACUCUCCUCCCUGGCGCCAGCCCCCAAUCCGCUCCGCCCGCCCCCCCAAACCCUAGCUCCCCCACCGAGGCCAUUUUCUCCGCCCGAGGUGACCUUCCCUUCUCCUCCCGCCACUUAAACCCUACUUGUCGAUUUCGGAUCGCGAAUCUGGUCGGAUCCCCCUCCAAUCGCCUCCCCCUAGGGUUUCGCCGCCCCGCGAUCUGUCGCUCCUUUCCCGCUGCUUUUUUUAUUCGAAUUCUAUUCUUCUUCUUCCCCGCUGACCUCACCUCCUCAACCCUGCUGCGAUCCACCUUGGUUGGAUUCGAAACCACUCCACUUCACCCGCCGCCAGACCUCUUCGUCCUACUCUUUCUUACCCGGGGGAGGACACCCCUGAUCUGUGCUCAUGCUGGGGGCACCGCGCAGGUGACCUGCUGGGGGCCAUGCAAAGGUACACGGGCGCCGCCGGCAAUAGCGCUGGCUUUAGCGGCGGCAGGGACACUGCAAGGUUGGAACCCUCGCCCUUCUCCUCCAACUACCCCGUCAGCUCCAGGCGGCAUCAGCAGCUAGUUCCGUACAAGCUAAAGUGUGACAAAGAGCCACUUAAUAACAAGCUUGGGCCACCUGACUUCUAUCCACAAACGCCAAACUGUCCUGAAGAGACAUUAACCAAAGAGUAUGCGCAAGCAGGGUAUAAGGAGACUGUUGAAGGAAUUGAGGAAGCCAGAGAGAUUGUACUGAGCCAGAUUCCGCACUUUUGCAAGCCAGAUGUUGUCGUUAAAUGCAAGGAGGCACUAAAGAAGCGGUUAAGGGCUAUCAACGAAUCUCGUGCUCAAAAGAGAAAGGCUGGCCAAGUUUACGGAGUUCCUCUUUCUGGAUCUCUAUUAAUCAAGUCCGGAGUUUACCCGGAGCAAAGGCCAUGUAAUGAGGACACACGCAGAAAAUGGGCUGAGGCUCUUGCCCAGCCAAACAAGCGUUUGCGUUCACUAUCUGAGCACGUUCCUCAUGGUUACCGUAGGAAAUCACUUUUUGAAGUUCUCACUCGAUAUAAUGUCCCGUUGUUAAGAGCAACAUGGUUUGUGAAAGUCACAUACCUCAAUCAGCUACAGGCCCGACCGACACCAAACAGUAUCUCAGCAGGUGCUUCUGAUAAUCAGCGAUCUAAUCAGUGGACAAAGGAUGUUGUUGAAUAUUUACAACAGAUUUUGGAUGAAUUUUGCUCGAAAGAGGGCACUGUUGUACCUCCAUCCUUUAGAGAGCAGUCAUCACCAGGACUUAAUGCUGGAACCAAUCAAAUAAAAGUGAAAACUGAAGCAUCCCCAGCUGGUGGAGAUGGUGAAGAACCCUUGGUGCACUUCAAAUGGCGAUACAUGGUUCGUCUCAUCCAAUGGCAUCUCACAGAAGAAUUGCUUGUUCCGUCGGUACUUAUCGAAUGGUUAUCUAACCAACUUCAGGAGAGAGAUUCGAUUGAUGUUUUAGAGCUUCUUUUGCCUAUUGUACUUGGUCUGGUUGACACAAUUACCCUCUCACAAACAUAUGUGCGCAUGUUCGUGGAGCUACUAGUUAGACGUCUCAGUGACACUUCAGUCGUUGACAGUCCAAAAAGGCCAUCAGUUUCUUCUGUUAUAGCAGAGUUAUUGCGAUACAUGGUACUAGCAGUGCCAGAUACAUUUGUUUCUUUGGAUUGCUUUCCUCUUCCAUCAUUUGUGGUUCCUGAUGUAUAUGGUAGAGGUGCUUUGUUGAAGAUAACUGGUGGUGGUGGAAUUGCUAGUUCUAAGAGGUGCGAUGCUUAUCGGUACUUGUCCUGUGGGUAUGCUGUUUGUUCAAUUCAGAAACGCGCGUCUGAUCUUGCAACUGUUGCCAACCCUAAUCUUCAAGUGCGUGGUGCAGCCAAAGUGGUACAGGCUUUGGACAAAGCUCUUGUGACAGGAAAUUUGUCAGUGGCAUACUCUUCACUCUUUAAUGAUUUAUCUGAUGCGUUAAUGGAAGAGAGAUGGAUUAAAGAAGUCAGCCCCUGUUUGCAGUCUUCUCUGAUGUGGAUUGGGACUGUUGAGCUAUCCCUAAUCUGUUCUAUAUUUUUCCUUUGUGAAUGGGCAACAUGUGAUUACCGUGAUUGCCGUGCAUCUCCCUGUCAGAAUGUAAAAUUUACAGGAAGAAGGGAUUUGUCUCAGGUACAUGUGGCAGUGUCUAUCUUGAAGAAUAAAAUGGAUGAGAUGAAUAACUUGUCUCGUUCUAAGAGUAGCAAUCGCAUUACCAUGAAUAAUAUUGUUAAAGGUUCUUCGUUGAAUGAUGCUUGUUUACCAGUAGCUGCUGGGGAUGAUUCUUCUGGACUGAGAAAUAAUACAAAUAAUUUGGAUGAGAAGAAGGAUACGAGCGGAAUCUUUGAGAGCCCUGGUCCACUGCAUGAUAUUAUCGUGUGUUGGUUGGAUCAGCAUGAGGUUAGCAGUGCUGCAGGUUUUACACGGGUGGAUGUCCUCAUUGUAGAACUUAUCCGCAAUGGUAUAUUUUAUCCUCAGGCUUAUGUCAGGCAGCUAAUUAUUAGUGGAAUUACUGACAAGAAUGACAUAAUGUUGGAUGUUGAAAGAAAAAGGAGGCAUCACAGAACUUUAAAGCAGCUUCCGGGAUCUUCUUUAUUUGAUAUUCUUGAGGAAACUAGAACUGCUGAAGAGCAGCAAUUAUAUGAGAUAAUGUCAACAUACUCUAGUGAGCGUCGCCUUGUUCUUUCAGAACUUUCAUGCGGUCCCUCAUUUUAUGCAAGUAGCAGAGGUGAGUAUGCUUCAAGUUCCUGCAUUCGGAAGCAGAAUGAUCUUCCAGUUGCAUCAGGAGGUGAUAAGCAUGGAAGGGUGCCAGAACAAGUUGAAGAUGUAAAAGCCCUAGUGUCAAGCCUGUUGAGUUUUACAUAUCCUCACCCAGUGGAGACAGAACCAUGCCAAAUCAAAACAAGCUUUCAAGAAUCAGCAACUUCGACCCUCUCGCAAGUUGAAACUGGAGAAGCAAAAAGUGGAUGCGAGGAUUGCAUGAGGUCCAAGGGGCAGAAAUUGGAUGAUGGUGCCACUCCAUUCCAAGGCUUUCCAUUGAUUCAAUCAGAUGAGGAAGAUAUUUGGUGGGUUAGGAAGGGGACAAAGUUACAUGAAUCUUUCAAUGUUGAACCUGCACAGAAGUCGGUUAAGCAAACUUCUAGGGGUAGGGCAAAAGUGGUUCGUAAAACACAAAGUCUUGCACAGCUUGCAGCUGCUAGAAUCGAAGGUAGCCAGGGGGCAUCUACUAGUCAUGUUUGUGAAAGCAAGCUGAGCUGUCCCCACCAUAAACCUAAUAUGGAUGGUGACAAUGUCAAAGAUUUUGAUCACAUGAGGAUGACAAAUCUGACUGAAGUUGGGAAGUCACUAAAAAGACUUAGAUUGCUUGAAAGAAGAUCUGUUUCUUUGUGGUUGUUGAAAUCAAUAAGACAACUUGUUGAAGGAAGCGAAAUGACAGCUAGUAAAGCUACAAAUUCUAUAAGCACCCUUUCCUUACAGCCUGAUGAUAAAUCUGCAUCCAAAUGGAGGCUAGGUGAUGAGGAAUUGCUGUCAGUUCUCUAUGUACUGGACACAUGCUGUGAUUUAGUCUCUGGUGCAAGGUUCCUUGUAUGGUUGCUGGCAAAAAUUCGUGGGGGUUUGGGUUCCUCAGGCCAACCUGGGAGGAGUUCUAUGCAUAUGAGGAACAGAGAACACCAAGUUUGUCAGGUCAGCGAGGCACUUGUGUUCUCAUCUCUGCUUAGGUACGAGAACAUACUUCUUGCCACUGAUAUAUUGCCUGAUGUUCUAAGUGCUUCAGUGAACAGAAAUUCUGUGUCAGCAACUGCCAGGCAUCCUGGUUCAGCAGCUUUUGCUUAUGUCCGAUAUUUUUUGAAGAAAUACAGAGAUGUGGCUAGUGUGGCCAGGUGGGAGAAAAACUUUAGGACCACAUGUGACCAGCGACUGUUAGCUGAGCUUGAUAAUGGGCGAUCAAUUGAUGGUGAUUUUGUUUCUUCUUCGGGGGUUUCAGCAGGUGAGGAGAUUGAUGAGCAGGUCCGCCAAAAGUUGAAUGGAAGGAGUUCAAGACUUAUGCAGAAUAUGAAAGAGAUAGUACAGAGGCAAGCUGAUGAGGUUCAACGCAGUUUAAAGGAAAAGAAAGUUCUUCCAGCACCCAAGAGUCCACCCUCUUUCGAGAAAGAAGAUAGUUAUCAGAUUUCUCAUGACAUUGUUUUCGGCUUAGUAGAAUGUAUCCGGCAAAAUGGGGGUGCAAAUCCAGAUGGAGAUCUUUCAAUAGUUGCUUCUGCUGUUUCUGCAGUUGUUGUGAAUGCAGGGCAUGUGAUAGCGAAACAUUUGGAUUUUGCAGGGGGUAACUAUCAAGGUGUUAAUUCUGUGAGCAAUUCGCUAAAUUUUGUUCGACACACUUUGCGUAUCCACAUAAAUUCUCUUUGCUUACUGAAAGACACUCUUGGGGAUCGCUUCAGUCGUGUAUUUGAAAUUGCUUUGGCAGCUGAAGCUUCUGCAGCUGUUACAGCAGCUUUUGCUCCCGCAAAGAUGCAGCGCAAUCAGUUUCAACCUUCUCCUGAGACCCAUGAUGCAUAUGGAAAUCAUACAAGUGACCUCAGCAACUCGGGAAAAGGAUUUGUUGGGAGGACUGCAAAAGUAGCUGCUGCUGUUUCUGCUCUUGUUGUGGGGGCUGUUGUUCAUGGAGCUGUUAGCCUAGAGCGGAUGGUUGCUGCUCUAAAAAUAAAAGAUGGUUUGGACAUUCUGCAGCUGCUAAGAGGUUUGAAAACGAGUACAAACGGUGUAUCCCGUGCUGCUGGAACUUUCAGGAUGGAGAAUUCCACAGAAGUUUCGGCACACUGGUUUAGGAUUCUAUUGGGGAACUGCAGAACUGUCUACGAUGGGCUUAUUGCAGACAUUCUUGGUGAAUCGUACAUUCUUGCACUCUCAAGGUUGCAGCAGACUCUUCCUUUAAGUUUGAUCUUUCCUCCAGCCUACUCAAUUUUUGCCAUGGUUCUUUGGAGGCGAUAUAUUUUUAAUCGUGAAGAUCCACAGCUUUAUCAGUCUCUGUCAAACGCAAUAAAUGAUAUCACCAGACAUCAGCCUUUUCGAGAGAUCUGCUUCCGUAACACACAUCAGCUGUAUAAUCUUCUGGCGUCUGAUGUUGGUGAUUCAGAGUUUGCAGCAAUGCUCGAAAGUCAUAGCCCUGACAGGAAUUCAAAAAUAUUGCCGUUUGUACCUCUCCGUGCCCGGCUUUUUCUGGAUGCCCUCGUUGAUUGCAACACACCAAUGACUACUCAGGGGGAUGGUGCUUCAGAACCUUGUGAUCCCAAAGAUAAUGAGUUAAAGCUCUCAGAGAGGCUUAUGCAACUACUUGAUACUCUUCAGCCUGCAAAGUUCCAUUGGCAAUGGGUUGAGAUGAGGCUUCUUUUAGAUGAACAGGCUCUUAUGGAAAAAGUUGCAGCAGGCAAGACAGCACUUGAAUCACUUCGGUCAUUGUCCCCUAAUGCUGAGGGUUUUGCCCUUUCUGAUAGUGAGAAGGGAUUUACUGAAGUCAUUCUUUCAAGGCUACUUGCUAGACCUGAUGCUGCUCCUCUCUACUCAGAAGUUGUCCACCUUCUUGGAAAGCUUCAGGAGUCACUUGUCAUGGAUGUAAAAUGGAUCUUACAAGGGCAAGAUGCUAUUCUUGGGCGCAGGUCAACUAGACAGCAGCUUGUUCAUAUUGCCCAACGAAAAGGGCUUUCAACAAAGGCACAAGUUUGGAAACCAUGGGGUUGGUCCAGCUUGCUUAGUGAUGUCAUUGCUAGUAAAACUGCAAAAAGGAAGUUGGAGGUCACAUCAAUUGAGGAAGGUGAAGUUGUGGAUGACACUGUUGAUGCUAAAAGGCCUGUCAAGACUCCAUCCCAUAGUGUUGAUAGAAGUUUUGAAGGGAUUAGAUCUAUAAAUAAAUAUUUAACUGAGAAAGCCCUUGCUGAAUUAGUAUUGCCAUGCAUCGACAGAAGUUCUGCCGAUAUCCGUGGUAUACUUUCAGGUGAUUUGAUCAAACAGAUGGGGACUAUUAGUGAUCAUAUCAAAGCAGUAACACGAAAUGGUGCUAAACAAGCUGGUUCAGUUCCUUCAGGAAAUGAAAUGCCAUCAAGCAAAUCCAGUGGUCGUAAAGGAAUUCGUGGUGGAAGUCCAAAUAUUGGCAGAAGAGCUCCAGUUGGUAAUGAUCCAAGUCCUCCUUCAGCAUCUGCUCUGCGGGCUGCGUUGUGGUUACGACUCCAAUUCAUUAUUAGGUUGCUUCCAGUAAUCAUGGCAGACAGGAGCAUGAGGCAUACACUUGCUUCUGCAAUUCUGGGCCUGCUUGCGACACGCAUGAUUUAUGAAGAUGCUGAUUUGCCCCUUCCUCCUACCAAUGCAAUUGCUUUAAGGCGGGAAGUGGAUUCCUUGCUGGAGCCUCCCCUGGAUGUCCUGCUUGAUCGCCCUGGUGAAAGUCUCUUUGAGAGGCUUUUAUGUGUUCUCCAUGCACUGCUUGGCAGCUGCAAACCAAGUUGGCUGAAGUCAAGGCCAGCCUCUAAGUCGACCAUUAGGACUCAAAGAGACUUCUCCGCAUUUGAUAAUGAAGCAGCUGAGGGCUUGCAGUCUGCAUUGGAUCACAUGGAGUUGCCUGAAACUAUCAGGCGGAGGAUCCAAGCAGCCAUGCCUAUUCUGCCACCAUGUCGGCACCCUUCUAUACAAUGCCAGCCUCCUCAGUUGUCGUUGGCUGCAUUAACACCACUCCAGAGCUGUAUAUUGGGUGCAGGUCCUCAGCAGAAAAGCAGUUCUGUGAGUUGGGUGCCUACUAAUGUCUCGAGCAGAAGCAAGGCGGUAUUGCCUUCUCAUGAUCCGGAGAUGGAGGUAGAUCCAUGGACUUUGCUCGAAGAUGGCACAAGCUGUCCCUCCACGUCAUCCGGAAGCAAUGGUCCGAGUGGCGUGACGGGUGACCUUGCUAAUCUGAAAGCGUGCAGCUGGCUCAAGGGUGCUGUGAGGGUGAGGAGGACAGAACUGACCUACAUCGGGUCUUUAGAUGAUGACAGCUGACACCUGUACUAUUGUCAUGGUGUCUCACAUUUCUGCUGUGUGCAAGUCAAACAUCAGAGAGAAGAAAUUGUUGGAGGGAGGGAGUUUUGUAGCACAGAGGGGAAUCCGUGGUCUUACAGGUUGGCCUCGGUGUAGAAUACCACAUCCUCACCCUGGUUUUUCUGUCUAGGGCCUGCGGCGGAGCGACUCGACUGUGUACAUAAUGGAGACCACAUUGAUCCAUUACUGGAAGCAUGGCCCUGAGAAGACAUCCAUUUGGGGGGCCUUUGUGUAGCUUAUCAGAAUUAGGUAGUUAUAUGCAGUAGAUCUUAGGCAAAAUGUCAUGUUUGUUUUUCUUGUUUGAGAUGUAAUGUAGUGGAUGGGCUCAAACAGUAUAUUCUUUUGAUCUCAAUCAUUGCUAAUUCUUUGGCUGUUGAGGUUGGACCUUGGAAUGUAAGACAAAGUUGGUUGCUAGCCGUCUGUUUCCUGUGUAAAAGAUUGCCACCAAACUAGUUAGGUUAGAGGAGAAACAGAGAGGAAGGGCGACGGGCGUUACAUAAGAAUUUUGUUCCAACAAAUAGUCACACUUGUGUAUUAAAAACAAAUGAUCAAAUACACUCAAUGUGGUGGCUACUAUACUAUGGCUCUUAA